UUUAAUUUGACAACUCGAGUCGUCGUGCACGGAAAUCUUACAGAAAAAUUUUGUUUUUUUUUUAUUCGCAAUAAAGUGUUAGAGGAACAUCACUAUCCCAAAGAGCUGUUAUUGUUAUUAAAUAUUGUUACCUUACCUAUGGCGUCAAGAAAACGUAGCGGUAGUGGAUCAAAACGUCCCAAAGAGAAAGUCGUUUAUAUUUACGAAUUAUUGUUUCGUGGUGAAGAUCCUGUAAACAAUAACAAUGAAUUUUGGGACUCCUUUUUCCUGCUGCAGCCGAACGUAGAAAGUCUAGAGAAUGAACUGACCAAACUAUCGAACGAUCAAUUGUUGCUAGUCAAAGGGAACAUCAAAUUGCUGUUCGUACAAUCUAUUCAAAUGUUGGAAUCAGAUCAUCCGAAACGAGUGUCGAAUAGUUUGCAAACAUUGUGUGCCCUGUUCUAUGCCAUAUUCAAAAAACAAGCCACAGAUGUCGGAGUGGAUGUGAUCAACACAAUUUUCGACUUUGAGGAAAUUGAACAGCACAUGAAGACACUAAUUGCCCACUGUAACAGCUUAUUGAUAAGCGAUGUAUCUGUUGAUGCGCCUCGUUUUAUGUGUCUAAAUCUACUAUUGGUCCUCAUAACCGGCACUAACAAUGUCAGCCAGAACAUUUUGCUCGAAUACAUCAUGAUCAACAGCUUGUUUGAUUCAUUCGUCCGGCUGCUCAGUGAUCCGACACUGCGAGCUCAGCAUGGUCACGACGUUGUCAUUUUGCUGACGCUGUUGGUAAAUUAUCGCAAAGGCGAACGAACUAACCCGUACAUCGUUCAACUGUCGAUCUUAGCUGACGAAUUAGCGUUGAACGGGUACGGUCAAAUGAUUUCGUCAUCUCUCAUCGAAUUCGGUCGACAAUACACAAAGAAUAUGUCGGAAAUUCAACCGUCGUCGUGGUUUUCAUCCCUGUCCAAUAUCGUGGGAAAUAUGUUCGUUUCGGACGAGGGAUGUGAUCGGGAACAGAUUCGGGCGAAUAAUGCGCUACUGUUGGCGCUGUAUGAGGCUGUACAUUUAAAUCGCAAUUUUAUUACAACCUUAGCGCAUACCCAAGCCGAAUCCAGUGCACCGCCGUCACCUAGUAAUACGUUAAAUUCCAAUCAACCAGUUCCAGACUUAUCAAUUCCACCGCCAAACAUUGACGUCAAUCAGUAUCCGACCAAUCUUCUUGUUGCUGUGUUCCAGUACUGUUCCAUCGUAAUGCAAGACAACAAAAACGAAUCCAGUGCGGCAAAUCUCAAGCUGUGCUUCCUGAUACUAACAUGCAUCUCCGAGGACCAAUAUGCCAAUUCGAUGAUGCACGACAGCAAUCUAACAUUCAAAGUACUCCUGCAACGCGCCCAAAUGCGUCAUCGGAAAUUGCCCACUGAACGCUUUUCCAAGUCGCAACCGUUGGCAGCUACCCUAUUAGAUCUACUAGUUGAAUUUACCGUUUCGCAUUUGAUGAAGAAAUUCCCGAUGGAAUUGUAUCUUCUGUGCACCGGCAUCAUUCACCGUGUGCUGUGCUAUCAGAAACGUUGUCGCGUUCGUUUGGUUUAUCCGUGGAAGGAACUGUGGGCCGCUCUGAUCAGUCUGCUCAAGUUUCUGGUGUGCCAGGAACAGAAUUUAGUGAAGAAAUGCAACAUCUUCUAUCUGGCCAUCCAGAUUAUCAAUAUUUUCAAUCUAUUUAUUACGUACGGCGAUACAUUCCUGGCCACCACCAACAGUUACGACGAAUUAUAUUACGAACUGAAUCGAGAGGAAAAAGUCUUCAGUGAAGUGCAUGCAAUGGUCCUACGAUUUUCCUCCAUGCCCGACUGUGAAUUCAAAGACGAUGUCCGUAAACUGUCCAGUGCACUGGUCAACAUACUAGCUAUCGUCAAACAUUUCCAAAACAAAAUCAAAGAAUGGCUGUCGGUUCAGGGACUGUCUACACCAUCCGAAGAGCAGGUGUUGGAAGUGGUUCGCAAGAACUAUGAUCUCACAUUAAAGCUACAAGAUUCUUUGGAUCAUUACGAGCGAUAUGCCGAAAGACCGAAACAUACGGCCUUUUUUACCAAUUUAGUGCGAGAUGUGGUUAUUGACACAAGGAAAAAUAUUUAUUAUUCGAUAAAGGAUGUGCACUCAAUGCCACAUGACUAUUCGACGCCGCUUAAUCAACAGACGAGCACUCAGUGAUGCUGGAAAAUUUUAAAGGAAAUUUCUUUGAUUUAUGUGCAGAUUUUGUGUUAAAGGAAUUGACUGAUCAAUUUCGCUAUUUUACAAAUAAAACAAAAAUUAUAUUUGGAAAA